AUGGGAGGAAGAAGCAAUGACGCAUCAUCCCUUCCCCCCAGAACUGAACACGCCGCCAUCCCGUCCGUGUUCGCUGCAGCACGGUACAACUCGCUCACGGACCUCCGAGGCACGCCUGGUUCCAGCGCAUUCGCCUUGCCGCCGGCCGCUUUCGCCAAAACCUGGGCGGCGGCGCCGUCCGUUACUGCCCACCGGCGGUGGCGGUCAGUAGAGGAGGUGUGGAAGAGGCCGCGGGAAUCAGAGCCGGGGGAGCAGCAGCACAAGAGCUACAGAGAGCACUUUAAGACAAUGGAGGCUGCUCUUCUUUCGCCUCAAACGACGUCUCGUGUUUUAAAGCCAGGGGAGCAGCAGCAAGAAAGUAGCAGAGCACUUUCUGAGGCACCUCAAAACCAGCAGCAAAAGAGCUACAGAGAGCAGUUCAGGAUGAUGGAGGCCACGCUUCGUUCGCCUCAAAGAGAGCCUCUUGUCUCUGAGGCGCCGCAAACAGCGUCUCGUGUCUUAGAGCAGGGGGAGCAGCAAAAAAAGGGCUAUUGUGCGCACUUCAGGACGAUGGAGGCCGCACUGCAUUCGCCUCAGAAGGAAUCUAUUGUCUCUGAGGCGCCGCAAACUGCGACUCUUGUCUCCGAAGGGGGGGAGCAGCCGCAAAAGAGCUAUAGGUCGCAUUUCAAGAUGAUGGAGGCCGCGCUUCUUUUUCCUCGAAGGGAAUCUCUCGUCUCCGAAGCGCCUCAAACGGCGUCUCUUGUCGUAGAGCCGGGGGAGCAGCAACGAAAGAGCUACAGCGCGCACUUUAUGAUGAUGGAGGCCGCACUUAGUUCUCCUCAAAGGAUGCCUCUACUUUCUGAGGCGCCUCAAAUGGCGUCUCUUGUCCCUGAGGCACCUCAAAGGACGUCUCUGAUUCCAGAGCUGCCUCAAAGGGUGUCUCUUGCCUCUCAUCUGCCUCAAACGGCGACUCUUGCCUGUGAGGCGCCUCAAGGGGCAGAAAAUACCAUCACCACUAGUCAUACAACUGCCAGACCACACACCAUUGGCCGCCUCCCUCCAGUGCCCCGUUGGAGCCAGCAAGGCCAGGCUGAGGCUGAGGCGCAGCUUUCCAGUGAAAGGGACCUGCAGCGCAGCAAUGCCUUGCACGGAUGGGUUAGUGGUGGUGGUGGUGGUGGUAUCCAGGGUCACACUCUCAUGGCAGAGGUGGUAGCGGCCGCACGGAGUUGGGAUGGACGCCUGCUGGCGGAAACUGUGGGCGUGGUGGAUGGGGCAGGGGAACUAAGCGGGGGAAGCAUGGGGAGCGGGGAGAGUUGGGGAAAGGAGGGGAGCGGUAGAGGCGGGGGAAAUAGGGGAAGCGGGGGAAGGGCGGGAAGGGCAAGAAGGGCAGGAAGGGCGGGAAGUUGGCCCAUUUGCUCUAAGGGAAAGGAGGAAGGCGGUGCUGGUGGUGGGAGAAAUCCAAGAACCGCCUCCACGUGGCACGACUGGACUGGCUCGCGGAACUGGCAAGGUCAGCAGCAGCAGCAGGGAGCACAUGCAGAAGAAAUUGCGCCACAGCAAAAUCCUUUACCCCUUCAAACGGCUGUCAAUAAAGGCAAUAAACAUCUGUCGCAAUCCCCUGCCCUCCCUCCCCCUCCCCCUCGCCCUGUUGCCAACGUGCACUCUAGCAGCCCUCAAGGAGCUCUAGAUCUGUACACAGCCUCAGAGCCAGCCGCUGCCUUCUCCGCUGCAGGCGCUGCUGCCUCAACGCCUCUAGCUUCUCCCUUUACAAGCACACGCUCUCUGCGCUACUCACCUGCCAGCUCAACCCAUGCUGCCACCCGCUUCCUAAGCAACAGCCCGCCUGCCCGUCCUUCUCCAGUCACAACUCUCAAUCCCGGACCAGCCAAACGCCCAGCGUGUGCCUCACUGGAUCUCUUUCUUCGGCUAGGGCAGAGCCCGGAGCGUGAAGAGACAGACGAAGCAGAAAAAGAGGCUGCAGGGGGGGAUGAUGAAGGAGGUGUGGGUGGAGCAGAGGAGAAAGAGGGGAUGUCAUCAGGGGAAUUAGUGUCCAUGCCAGGCUAUCACAUGAGCGUAAGUUUCACACUGCCAGCCGUUCCCGAAGGCUAUGCACUGACUCAUGGUAGCACCUGGGCGUGUGAGUUUGCUAAUGCUGCUGCUGCUGCUGCUGCUGUUGCGGCUGCUGCGGCUGCUGCUACUUCCGCUGCUGCUGCUCCUGCUCCUGCUGCCGCUGCUGCUGCAACCGCUGCUGCUGCUGCUGCUCCCGUGGCUGGCACUUCUCUGGGAGUGCAUGGGCGGUAUGCACUGGCACGGGACAGCAUCUGGGAGUGUGAGUCUGCUGGUGCUGCUGCUGCUGGUCCAGAGGGGGACAUUUCCUGUGCUGAGAGCAGAGGCACCAGUGUUCGGAAUGAUUCGUGUCCAUCUGCUGCUGCUACUGCUGCUACUGCUGCUGCUGCUGCUGCUGCUGCUGCUGCUGCUGCUGCUGCUGCUGCUGCUGCUGCUGCUGCUGCUGCUGCUGCUACUGUUGGUGCUGCUGCUGGUACAACUGGUGCAGGGGGGACGAUCUCUUGUUGUGAGAGCAAGGGUGGACGUGUCCAGGAGCCCCAAUCAGCCAGAAGCCCGGCGUCUGGCUCGCUGGAUCCUUCCCUUCGGCUGGGGCAGAGCCCGGAGCAUGAAGAGACAGAGACAGAUGAGAAAGAGGCUGCAGGGGGAGUGAUGAAGGACCUUAUCAACAUCUGGGAGUGCGAGUCUGCUGCUGCUGCUGCUGCUGCUGCUGCUGCUGCUGCUGCUGGUGGUGGUGGUGGUGGUGGUGGUGGUGGUGGUGGUGGUGGUGGUGGUGGUGGUGGUGGUGGUGGUGGUGGUGGUGGUGGUGGUGGUGGUGGUGGUGGUGGUGGUGGUGGUGGUGGUGGUGGUGGUGGUGGUGGCAGUGGUGGUGGUGGUGGUGGUGGUGGUGGUGGUGGUGGUGGUGGUGGUGGUGGUGGUGGUGGUGGUGCUGCUGCUGCUGCUGCUGCUGCUGCUGCUGCUGCUGCUGGUGCAGGGGAAGACAAGGGCGAAGGGACACAUGGCCAGCUUAUCACAGCUGGAAUAAAGCAGCCCUUUAAGGGGUGGCUUGCUGGCAUGUUUGUCAGCUGCCCAUGCCCUCCCCACGUAGAACUGCCCACAUGUACACCUCCUGCUCUGCAGUCCCUUUCUCCUCUGUCUUUGUCUCCUCCCGCACUGGGCUCUGCCCCAGGCGAAGGGAAAGAUCCACUGAGCCACACGCCGGGCUUUUGGGUAAUGGCAGGUUCCUCACAAGAGAUGCGGCUGAAGAGGGAUGAGCGGAAGCGCUGUUGCUUGGGUAGGGAGUGGGGGCAUGGCGGGGGUGGGAAGGCGAGAAGCUCAGACAGGGUGUGCCUUUGA